GCAUUGCGCAGGACAUGACGAAGAGCGCUGCGGUAGUGGAGGAGAAGCAAGCUUGUUUGAACAUCUUCGAACAUGGAGCGAGACAACAAUUCUGAGGAUGGGUCUGUGGGACCGGCAGAAGAUCCUUUAGAAGAUGCACCACCUUGCCUUCCACCAGGACUGUCCGACAGUGAAGCGAUGGAGUUGCUAUGGCAGUAUCGAGCCCAGCGACGGCAGUCGUCACCGGAGCUGCCGGAAACGGUGACCCGUCUUGUGUCCCCUGAUGGCAGUCUUCUGUACCUGGUGGGCACCGCCCACUUUAGCGACAGCAGCAAAAGGGACGUGGCCACGACAAUCCGUGCUGUGCAGCCAGACGUGGUCGUGGUGGAGUUGUGCCAGUACAGGGUGUCCAUGUUGAAGAUGGAUGAGAAUACAUUACUGAAGGAAGCCAAAGACAUUAACCUGGAUAAGGUCCAGCAGGCUAUCAAGCAGAAUGGCUUAAUGUCCGGCUUGAUGCAGAUUCUGCUCCUCAAAGUUUCCGCUCACAUCACCGAGCAACUCGGAAUGGCACCCGGAGGGGAGUUUCGGGAAGCUUUCAAAGAGGCUGGGCGUGUGCCGUUCUGUAAGUUUCAUCUGGGAGACAGACCCAUCCCUGUCACGUUCAAGAGAGCCAUUGCUGCUCUCAGCUUGUGGCAAAAGGCCCGUCUUGCUUGGGGUCUUUGCUUUCUUUCAGACCCGAUCAGCAAGGAGGACGUCGAGAAGUGCAAACAGAAGGACCUGCUGGAACAGACCAUGUCGGAGAUGAUCGGCGAGUUCCCAGCUCUUCACCAGACCAUCGUGGCUGAGCGAGACAUCUACCUCACGCACACACUGCGCCAGGCGACGCGCUGUGUGGAGGUUCCUCCCAAUGCCCAGAAAGUGCCUGCUGUUGUAGUCGGAGUUGUCGGAAUGGGCCACGUGCCCGGCAUCGAAAGAAACUGGGACGAGUAUCUCAACGUCAGCGAGAUCAUGAGCGUGGCGCCACCUUCUCAGAUUGGCUGGGUUUUACGAACGGUUAUGAAAGGCGUCAUGAUGGGAAUGCUGGGAUUUGUUUGCUACCGCGCCGGAAGGAGUUUGGUUCGAGCCGUACUGUCUUCAUCUACUGUUCGAUCGGUUGUGGACAAUCUACGUCUUUCCCCGGCUUGACCUCACGAGUGAACCGAUGAAAGGUUGAUUCGUGAAAACAGUGCAUCUUUUUACCAAUGGCCUUAAACGAGGAAGUGACGCUAGGAGGAAAGGGGUCAAUCAGCCCACAAGGACCUCUGGGGGGGCCGAAAUGACCACGUUUCACUUUGGUACAUCUAUGGACUUGGAAGGGCUGUGCUGCCAAAGAAACCUACACUGUACUGUUUUUUUUUUUCCUCAUUUGUGAAAAGCCUGUAUAUUUUAACAUGUACAAAAAUACCAUUCAUUAUU